AUGAAACUUUCUCUUCUUUUCUUACUUGGUGGUGCUGGCACAGCAGUCAUAGCUGGGCCAUGCAAAUCAUCAACAUCUUCAUCCACAGGCCAAGCCGGUUAUGCCUCUGCAGCUCCUGAGUAUGAGACCUCUAUCAUAGGCUCUGUCGCUACUUCAGCGAUUCGAUAUGAGAGUCCCGGAGUUAAUCAGUCCGAUGAGUCUGAUUAUGUCACCAGCAGCACCUCUGCCGUGGAGAUGCCUUCUGGGUCUAACUCAGUAUCGAAUUGGCUACGUACAGGUUCUUCUGACUCUACUUGGCUCCCUGGAAACACCCCAACUCCCCUUACAUCUGGUUUUGUUACUCAUGGCCGGCCUGACGGAACUCAUGAUUCUGAAAUUAUCGUUGAGACUUCAAGUGACGCCGAGACAAUCAGAGAUGGCACUGCUACUCGUGAUGCUCCAAGUGGCAUCAAUACCAAGACCAAACACAUUCGUACUAGGACUAGUGCUGAUAGCGACAAUACUGAGACCAGCAGUGUCUCAAUGCCUACCAACACUCAGUCUGGGUCUGACCACCGAAGCACUGCGGCUGAUGGUGACUUGCCUGGUACCACUCAGGCCGGCAUUGACACUAAGACUAGUUCGAAUGGGCAAAGCACAGAUGCCAUCAGCGACAUUGAGACUGUCAGUGGAUCAACUGGCGAUAUUAACAAACCUGCAGUCACUCAGUCUGGACUACCUGCGUCAAAAACUGGAACGGACGCUGCCUCAACUCAACCAAACGCCUCAAGUCGCAUCAACACUGAUCUUAGUGGUGACCAAACUACCGAUGCCACUGAACUUGUUGUAUCGACUCUGACCAACACUGACACAAUUUCUACGAAAGAGUCUUCUGUCCCCAAAGCCUCCGAGUCUGUCUCUGGUUCUACUGACAUAGACAACACUGUUGCGAAAGCCACCACAGCUGGUUCUGAGGAGACAAGAACUGGCACAAGGACCUUUGUCCAAGAUGACAACCAGACCACUAUACCUGAUACUGAUUCCAAUGGUUCUGUCAUUGUCGGGGAGACUACUUCUAUUGGAUCCUCUCCAGACAGUUCUAGGACCAGCACUGGUGGUUCCGAUGGUCAGGGAACCACUGCAGGCUCGGACACAAGAGCUCCUACUUCUAACGCAACAGAUACUAGAAGUGGCCUUUCUCCUUCCGUUAAGACAUCAUCUGGUCAGCCUAUUGAGUCUAGUCCAUCUGGGUCUGAUGCCCCUAAACAAGAGCCGUCAGACUCAAACUCGGCAAUCCAAACUGGCGACAAACCUACAAAAGAUAUCGCCGCAGUACCUACAGUAACAGAUGCUUCUCCGCCUAAAGCCACAGAUACAGCUGGAGAUGCAAGUAUCACUUCUGUCCCAGACCAUAUUUCCACCACCAAGUCUAAAGACGACGGAAUUACUUCAACUCUGACUGUCCCUCCUGAGACGUUCACUCCUACAACUGUUUCCAACGACGACUGGACAACAAACACUUGGAUCACGACUACUUCAGAAAGCUCAGAUGAACCCACUGUAGUUCCGGUCCUCGUUGGCUGCCCUGGAUGCGGUGGCAGCGGCCACGGCAUCGUCAUCUUUGGCUUGCCUCCCAUUCCCAACGCUCUUUUCAAAUUUCCAGAUCUUCCUGAGGUCUCAUUCCCUUGUGUUCCAGGUGUUUCGCAGGGUUGCAGUUCUCCCCCAAAGACUCACGAGGAUAAAAAGUCAGACGAUGACGGCGAUGAUAAAGAAGAAGAAGAAAAGAGCUCCAAGACAACUUGCAUUGAUAUCAUCACUGCCAGUGACUGUCUCGUGUCUUGUCCUACGCAGAACUCCAAUGGUGAUGUAGAAUGUACCACAACUUGUACGAGGACACAAACAGGAUGCAGCGUCUCGGGUAUCACUACCACGACAUCUGCUGAGGAGUGCAGUGCUACAGAGAUAGGCGGUUCUUGCACAACAUGCCAGAAGGACGUAUUCUUUGUCAACGACAAGGAAGAAGUCGAGUUUAUCGAAAGUGGUUCUGUUCUCGAGAGAAGAGCCUCGCUCCAUGUAGAGAACUCCGCACUUGGCAAGAGAUCCUCUCCAGCGGUGACUAUCACAGAUCUUGGAGCUUGUACUCUGAAGAGGACCGAUGUCGAGUUCCCUGAAUAUCCAAGCGGUGGAGAGUUAUUCAAGGCUGAUACGACACCCAACGAGAAGCCAACAGACACCUACUUCAACACCAAGAAGUGGUACAUUGGUCGUCAGGAUCCAAACACAUGCGCACGUACGCUCGACAAGGUUUCAAAGCAACAGUUCAAUUCUCUUGCCGUCUCUAAAAAGAAGACCAUGGGCCAUGUCUAUGAGAAGAGCAUGCUAAAGGACUUUUUUGAGCAAAUCCUAGACGACAAUGUUGCAACUGUCCAAGGAGUCACCAAGGGGUCACAACGCAAGAUCAACUGCGCUGAUUUGUCCUAUUAUACCGACGACGAUCCCAACGGAGCCUCACCAAACCAGUUGAAGCAGGUCUUUGAUGCUUUCCCUUCCGUUAACAAGUACCUUGAUGAUUUCAUGGGCAUGGACGAAUACUCAAACGCCAUCUGCAAGGGCACGAUUGUAUCAUCGGGAAAUCUUCCAGCAGAAAUCUCCAAGAUUGCAACAAGUGGGAAACUCGUCAAAGGGGGCAAGAAACCAACUACAUGGAACCUCGUUACCAAGUGGGUUGAGGAGACUCUCCAGACUCUUGAGAAGCUCUCCAUUGGUGUUGAACUCUGGAAUAAUCCUGAUGUCCAAACCAUCGUUAUUCGGCAGAACCGACGUAUCCAUUCUCGAUUUGUCAACAUUGAUAACAACGCAAAGAACUGCAAGCAAGACGUUGCUGUCAAGAACAACGUCUGGAGUUUCUCGGCCGCUUAUCAGAACUACAUGAACGAGUUCUUCCAGGGAACGUCUUCCUUCUCCGCCAACCCUAUUGUUCAAAAAGCUGCGGACGAUCUCAUUGCACACAUGGACGCCAAUCUCGUCGCUCUUGGUAAGAGGACGUUGAGCGCUGAUGAACAGAGUCAGCUGACAAAAUGGACCACUCGUUACGCGCCUCUCAAGACAUCAACGUACAAGGUUUCUAUCUCGUGGGAUUUUAGUUAUACGAAUCUCAAGAGACAGGAUGGAGAUUCUUGUGCCCUGCCUACUUCGACGUUGAUAUCCUCAGCAGCAUCCACUACCAUGUCUACUCUAUCAACGUCUUACAUCUCGCAAACAAACCAAGAGCCCACCGCCACCGAGCAACAGACUCAUACAGAGACCGGGAUGAGUUGGAGCGGCACAUGCCCAUCGGUUUCUCCGUUCAUAGACGUUGACGCCAAGAGAAACUCCACAGAUGAGGUCGACGACCGAUGCAUAUGCCGAAAAGAGCCCCUGGAAGCUGGCCCGCCGGUGCCAUUUACUGCAGACCAACUUGAGGAUAUCCUGCUAGAUUUCUGCGACGGGUCACGCACGCUUAUCAAGCCUGGGGAACGAAAUUCAACCAGUAUCUUCAAGCAUUACAAGCUUGGAGACACGUCGCAGCUCUUCAUCCUAGCUAGCUGGUCGUACUAUAAGCCCGCAGGUUGCGUAGAACCUACUGCAGAUCUCAACUUGAACGAGAACUGCAAGACGGCUUUUCGCAGGCUCAAAUGCCUCAGCAUGGAUAAAAACUACGGGGGAUAUUUUGGUCAAAUUUUCGACGAAGGCUGUGUCUAUUGGUCCAUCGACCCUCUUUGGUCAAGCGGCUGA